GCUCGACCAGACGACGGUGGGCCAAGCGCAACGCUCCUGCUGCUGGCUUUUCCACUUCCAGACCGCAGUCUUCUGACUGGACCGGACGCGCGGUCGUCUUGCCACUAUCUCGAAAACGUGCGAACAAAAGAUAUUAUUUCCUUCGGGGGUUUUGUAUUUUUUUUUUUAAUUAACGCGAGUGAAUCCGUGUCUAUUCUAUCCUAUUUUUCCCCUCCCCCUCUCUCUUUCUCUGUCUCUCUCUCUCCCUCUCUCUCUCUCUCUCUCUCUCUCUCUUUUAUUUUAUUAUUAUAUUCUUUAUCCUUUCGUUAUUUACUUUAUUUUAUUAUUUACUUUUAAACACUAUAUUGUGUGUACUGAAUAUAGAGAAAAAGAAAGGAGGAAAAGUGUUCUUUCUCUCUUUCUAUCUCUCUCUCUCUCUUUCUCUCUCUCUCUCUCUCUCUCUCUCUCUCUUUCUCUUGCUCUCUCUCUCUCUUUCUCAUAGUGUGCUUUCAUGAGAGGACCGGUGCUUUCAUGAGGGAUUAAACAGCGAAGAAACAGCGGAGCCGUGAGACCAGUAACGACAACAUGCGGGAGAAAAGAUGGCUUCUGCUCGCUUUGUUUGGAUUCUUAUUGAUCAACGCGAUCACGGAUGCGCUGAAGCCGACGAGACCGAAAUUUAAAAUUGCCACAACUUCGACGACGACCACGACCGAGGAAUCACGUCUCGAGGAAAACGUGAAUGAGGAUGCUGUGACAACAACGCCAGCGACAAACUCGUCGGAGGGAAACAUAACUACCGGGCAUAUGUUAACAGGAAUCCCUCAAAUUGAUUAUAUUUGGGAUCCAAAUUUGCCGCGUGAAUUGAACGGUUACAAUCUGAGCGAUUAUCCAUUCUACAACAGCAUUCCCGAGGACAUUGACUUCAAGUGCGACGGCCUACACGAUGGAUUUUAUGCGAGCGUACCUCACAAGUGUCAGGUCUAUCAUCACUGCCUUUUCGGCACACGUUACGACUUCCUCUGUGCCAAUUUCACAGCAUUCGACCAGAAAACCUUCAUUUGCCAUUUCGUGUCCGAGGUCGAUUGCGCCAACUCGAAGAAGUACUGGCAUAGGAACGAUGCCCUCUACAAGGCGACGACCAGCUCGACGACCUCGACGUCGACGACGACCACAACUGUCGCACCGGUCACGGUGGCUUCCUCGUCGAAUGGCCGAGGUUCCUCGCGCGAACGAGAUCCAUUAAGACGAAGAAGACCAUAUUCAAGAAGAAGACCUUAUGAUUAUUACGAUGAGGAUUAUUAUGACGACGAGUACACUCGACCACGUGGAUACGACAGACGAGAUGAUUACGAGUACGAAGAUAGGAAAUAUAGAAGAGAUAGAGAUAGAGAUGUCAGAGAUCGCGAUCGUGAUUUUCGUGAUAGAGAUACUGCUAGAUCCAGGGAUACAGCAAUAAGAGACGAAAGAGAUCGGGACGUUUCUCUUAGAGAAAGAUAUCCAAAUAGAAAUAAUAGGAGGGAUCAAGCAAGGCCAAGAGAUCCACCAGAAGAGGACGCAAGAGGAUUGAAGAAUAGAGAACAAGAACAAUCUAGAUCGCGAGAAAUCGAAGAUUCGGAAUUGGACGAUCGAAGGAUUGAUUCGAGAGGCAGGGACAACGAUGAUAGAAGGUAUUCUGAUAAAAGGUUCAGGGAUGAUUAUGAUGAUAAGGAUUCUGCUGCUGCUCUGUCAAAUCAAGGAUCGAUAGGUGCUACCGAAGGACUCGUCAAACCAGCUGCUCCAAUCUUUUCUGUGUAUUCCAGACCAAGGGCUCCACCUAAAAUUCGAAGACCGGUACCAUUAUCCGAACAAGACCGCUACGCUUAUAAGUCAACGUCUGCGCAAUCUACUGAAGAACCUCGAAGACGACCUGUGGAUCUUGAAGACGAUUAUUAUGACGACGAGCUCGAAGAUAUCAGACCAAUGAGACGACCACUUAGACGAAGACCGACUUAUAGAGAAAGAGAUAGAGAUCGUGAUUUCUACGACGUCAGGGACAGGGAACGAGAUCGACCCUUCAGAACUCGAUAUCGCGAGGAUGAAGAUGAUAUACGACCCAGGAAGCAUCCUGAUCGCUCGAGAGAUCGUUACUACGAGAGAGAACGAGAAAGGGAUCGUAGUUUGGAACGUGGCAGAGAUCGAUCGAUCGAUCGUGGAAAGGAUCUCUCCGCUUCGAGAUCCUUGGAUCGCGAUCGUGGAAGAUAUCAAGACACUGAGAGACCCGAGAGACCGUAUUCCUCGAGUCGACCUCUAGAACGGGAGAGAGACAAUAGGCCAACGAUAGAUGAUAGAUCUCGAUCGUCCUUCAGAUCGAAAGAUUUGUCAGAUACCACAGAGACAUCUAGAAGACCGAUCUCAACGACGAGCACGACAUGUAUGCCGGAAAUGGCAAUACACGAAGUGGAGCCGGAAACAAAGCAAACGUCCGUGGAUCGAUUCGAAAGACCGGAACGCCCAACAAGACCCCUUCAAUCGCAUAACAAUAACAAUAAUAACAAUAACAACAAUAACAACAAUAACAACAAUAACGACAAUGGUGCUCGGGGAUCGUUCGAAGAUGAGGAAGAUAUUGGUAAGAAAUCUAUCAAAACACCUCAUUAUACAACCUACCAAGAACGAGAUCAAGAAGAAGAGGAGGAACAAGAUCCUCGAUACUCUCAACAGCAGCAACAACAGCAGCACUCAUCAUCUUACUCGGAUGAGUAUUCAUCCGAGUAUUACGACGAACCUGAGGAUCCACCAAUUCCUUCUCCAAGGACAACCGUGCGCAUUGUUAAGAGACCAUUUUUACCAUCACGAGGUGGAGUUCCCAAUCCUAGAGGACUCUCGCCGGUUGGUUCGAAAGCACCGAGAAGAGAGGAGGACAGAAGUACCGAAAGAACGAUCCUACAACAGCAACACGAGGAAAAUCAUAAAGAUUAUUACGUUCAACAGGCCCCUGAUCAAGAAAGCAAACGAAUCGAUCAGGACGAUAAACGCGAAGAAGAAAAACAAACAUAUGACGCUUACAAAGUGAUACAGAGCGAUCUCCAACAAAAACAGAGACAGGAAGAAUAUGACAUAUCUAUAGCCAGACCAAUAUUACGUAGACCUGCCGAAAGACAACACGAAGAGGAAGUAACAAAAUCAUUGGAACAAAAUCCAAUACCUAAAUUGACCACCACUGAAUCUUAUGAAGAAAUUCGAAAAACACUCGAGCCAGAAGUACCGGCGAGUAACAAAAAAUGGUCUACCGAACAAUUUACUAGUAACAAAGAAAGUAACGAUGGUAUAGUGCCAACGUCUUCAGGAUCACCUAUUCGUAGCAAAAGCAGACAAUCCGUAACUGAAAUUUCCAAUCUCUACAGUUCGACUUAUAAAGCGGAAGAUAUUCACGAGCAACCUUCCGGGCCAAGUAGUUUUCGUGUAAAACAAAGAAUAAACGAGGUGACCCAUAAACUUCAAGAUAUUCCGGACAGCGAGUAUGAUGUAACAUUAAACGAUGCACUAACACCUACGUUAAAUCAAGAGGCCAACUUACCCAGUGGUUUUGUUUUACCUCUUCACAGACAACUUGGUAAAGACACAGUUUUACAAUCCUCGGAGGACAAUUAUAAAAUUUCCAGACCAAUCGGUCAACAACAACAACAACAACAACAACAAAAAUCAUUCGUACCGAGUCCACAAUUCGUUCCAGCUCCAGCUAUCCCAAACGAGAGACAACGAAAUGUUUAUUAUAGAACACCGGAACCAAUCUCAUACAAUGGACAACAUUACAGACAACAAAGUCAGUCUUGGCAAGAUUAUACCGGUUAUUAACGGAGGAUAAUCAUCGUCAUCAAAAAAGGGGAGGGAAUGCGAAGAAAAAUUAGAAGAAAAUCGAUCACAUAGCUCAAAGAUUUCUGAAGUAUUCCCUUAAUUUCUCAAUUGUUUAUUGUUCGUAUACGAAGAUUUUCAAGGGAGAUUGGCUUGUAACAAGAGGAAUCGUAUAUGGAUAGAUAUUUUGUGAGGAUUGGACGAUCACAUCCUUUUAUGUCUUUCAUUCCAAUUAACGUACACAAAUAAUCAUGCAAAAAAAAUGUCACGAUACAAUUUUCAAUAUAGAAUUGAAUGAUUAGCAAUAAGAGAGAAAAAAUAGAAAAAAGCAAAAAAAAAAACAAAAAUUCGAUUACAUCUCUGCGUUAGAUGUCGCAGAGAAAAAAAAACGCUCGUUUCUUUUCUUUUCCUUUUAUAAUAUUUUAUUUAUCCAGGGUUAUCAAAAAUCAAAUCGUAGAUGAAAAACUCCAAGUAAAAGAUAUUUACAUCCUUUGUCGCUCCUAUAGAAUUGCAAAAAAGAUCUAUUCGUUUCUUUGUUCAAACAAAAAAGUAGACGAUCUCUAUUAUUACAUGAAACUCCGUACUUCCUUAAUAAUCCCUAUAGCGUGCAUGAAAUAGGAAUCCUCAUCUAGUACGAUUUAAUUGUCUAACAGCAAGUUUAUUUUCUAAACUACGAUAACUUUUGAGAUUUUUUCACGUGGCGCUCAAUUAUUACUUCUUUAGAGACGUAAAGAUAACUUAGAAAAUAUAGUAGGCGACGAGAGACCUUUUGUUUGGCCUUUGUGUUUCGUCGACUAAACUUGUAAAUACAUGUGCGAUUAUCGAUAUUCUCUCGAAUUUAAUUAUAUCUUAAGAGCGAUAAAUUAUAAAGUGUUUUCCUAUAAAAAGUAUACUUCACGAUCCACAAUUCGUCAAAUAAAAUUAUUAUAUAUUAGAUGUUAGAGCGAACACAGCGAACUUCCUGAGUGUAUAUCUUACAUCACGAUAAUAAUGUAAAUUAUAUUGUCGGUAUUUGCGUACGAUAUAAAAAAAAAAAAUAUAUAUAUAUAUAUAAAAAGGAUUUCUUUCAAGUAUUCGUUAUUUGAUACCUUUGAAUUACAUCCUUAAGUUUGCUUACAUCGAUCUAUUUCCUCUCUAUUUUCUUUUUUUAAUAAUACAAUCAGAACUUAUCUCAGUAAGAAAUUCAAAAAUGUUUAUUAUUAUAGUACAAAAUAAAUUACGUAAUGAAACAUUAUUAGGUGCUUUUCGUAUAUGCCAAUGAAUAAGCAGCACGUCCAAAAGUAUAUCUUUUACAUUCAAACAGAUGAGUGCAUAAUUUUGAAUCAAACGAUUUGUAUAUAUUGACUUACGGGUAAUUAUAGUAAUUUUCAAAUAUGCAGAGAAUUAUAUUUAAAAAUAUUUGUAUGAUGCCAGACGUUAUUUCUGAAAAAAAAGAAAAAAUAAUAAUAAUAAUAAUAAUUUGUGAAUAUCGUUAUGAUGUAUAGACAUCAGCUGUGCCAAAAAAAAAUAGUAUGUCUCAGUCAAUAACAAACUUCUGUUAAAAAAUAACAUUAUGCACAUCACAGAGUAAAAAUGUACAACUUACUAAAAAAAACCACGAAUACACAAAAUAUAUGUUUUAUUUCCAAGGAAAAAAAAAGAAACAAAAAAGAAUUCAAAGGAAGCUCAAAAAUAAUUAUUUAUAAGACCAUCUCGACGAAACAGGGAUGUAUAAUACUGUAACAAGUGUAUAACAUGUUUCAAUGAAGAUUUGCGUAUGCAUGGCUAUUGCUAAAAACAAUUAACAGUUACGAUAUUACGUUAUUCAGUCAAAUCACUGCAAUGCAACAAUGACAACAACCUGAUACAUGCACGAUACAACAAAUAAACAAAAGAGUCCUCGCGUAAUUAAUUAAUUUCUUUUUAUUACAGAAUAUAAAUCGACGCGGAAAAUAGAUAACUUAAAGAUAAUAAUUGAUAAUAAUAAUAAUAAUAAUAAUAAUAAUAAUAAUAAUAAUAAUAAUAAUAAUAAUAAUUCGCGAGUACCAUUCGUAAUCACUAAAGUUUGGGCUUGCGAACUAUAAAAAUAUUAAAUCUUGCCAUAAUACAGACGAACAUCCGCUUUUAUCUACGCAUAAAAAUCAGAAUUUAUAUCUAUCUUGCUUAUAAUGCUUAUUUCUGUACAAAAAUGAUAGAGUACAAGAAUAGGUUACACGCAUAUACACGUAUGUACACGUAUACAUACAUACAUACAUACAUAUAUGUAUACACACACACACACACACAUACAUGCUGCACGAAUCACAUAUACAUGCGCGUGAAUAUACAUACGUAUGUAUAUGCUCAAGAACGUACAUAUAUACACACACAUAUACAUAUAUACAUAUAUAUAUAUAUGCAUAUAUAUAAUUAUACAUAUUAUACGUAUAAAUGUAAUAUGUCGCAAGUGCUCCACGAUUAUUAUCUGCGAGCGGAAGCUCGUGCACCUUAAGAAUAUAAUCUUCUUCUAGAUUACAAUAUAGGACAUGAAUUAUUGGCAAGAAAUAUACUGCCGUGUUUGUUAAAAAGGAAUAUUUACAAAUUUUUUUUAUUAUAUUACAGAGAAAAGGACAUUGAGCAUGAUUAUGAAAUUCAAUAUAGUUUUGGUAUAAAAGCUGGUGUAUGUUCCCACAUGUCUUGUAAUUUAAAAUUUAACUGGUGUAUGUUCCCAUAUGUCUUGUAAUUUAAAAGUUAACUUCUCGUUAAUGUUUUCUUAUCCUCUCGUUUUCCUUUUCUUUCUUUCUAUUCUUUUUCUUUAUAUCUUUUUUCCUUUUUUUUUCUUUUUUUAAAUAUCAUUAUUUCGCAACGUCCAUUCGACAAGGAACCAAUGGCUACAUUUGAAUUCACCGAUUCUUUGGUAAACGAUAACAUUUGUUAAAACGAACAUCGUUGUGAAUCAACCGAAUUUAAAAUUAUUUUCUAAGGAACAAGACUACAUAAAGAAAAUAAUUAUUCAAUCAUCGAACGUAACGCGAUUCCGACAAGAAUAGUGUCGUUAGUUAUUAAUCAAUGAAUCAUAUCGUACAAAAAAUAUGCUUAGUUCAUUGUACCAAAAAAAGAAAAAAUACAUUAUUCUAAGUAGCCAAAGUGUUUAACAUAUUUAUUAGAACUUAAUAUUCGAUAAUGAAUUCAAUACGUUAUAAAACAGAUACAGAGAAUCGCGUUACGUGUUUCGUAUUCAUUGCAUUAUUGAAUACAGAAAUUCGCAAUCAUAUCGAAAAUGAAAAACAACUAUAUUAAACAUAAUUCUAUUAUAGUUCCCAUCUUGUUUAUAAUAGAACGCGUCGUGUUACUUUCAUUAAUUGUCUCGAAUUUAUAUUUAUAUAUGUGUAUGUAUAUAUAUAUAUAUAUAUAUAUAUAUAUAUAUAUAUAUAUAUAUAUAUAUUUAUGUUGACAU